AAAUAAUAAUAGUCUGUGAAAGAAAAUAUUUAGUGAUAAGUCAAAUAUCAAAAUUAAAAACUUUUGCUUUAAAAAAGCCUGUGAAUAAAAUGAAAAGAUAAACAUAGACUGGGAAAAGAUGUUUGCAAAUCCCAUAUAUAAUAAAGAACUUGAAUCCAGAAUGUAUAAAGAAUUCUUCAAAAUUCUAUAGUCAAAAAAGACAGUUACCCAUUUUUUAAAUUGACCAAAUAUCUGAAAAUACACUUCACCAAAGGAUAUAUUCAGAAAACAGUUACACACAUGAAAAUCUUCUAAGCAUCAUUAUUUGGGAAAUGCUAUUUUUAAUUAUGAUGAGAUUCCACACAAUGAAUCUAUUAGAAUUGCUUAACCAUCCUCAAAUUGGAAGGGAACCUUAUGUGAACUUCCUCCAUAAUUCAAGACUCCUCACUUGAAUAUGGAUAUAAUGUUGGAACUGAUUCCUGUUUGGAGGCCAUGAAAUCUAAGGGAGGUUUUACUAUACAUACAUACAAAAGGUUGUUGUUCAUUAUUUCUUCAUUUGCUAUCCUUGCUUUCUGUCACUGAACUCUUUGUAUAAUGAAAUAUAAUUCUUCAGUAUUUGACCUUUGUUUAGCUUAAUUUCCAGUUGUCACUGUUAGUGACACCAGUGGCAUUCUAAACAGACUGAGUUGGCAAACUUACCUUCAAAGGACACAGUGAUCUAUUGAGUUGUCAUACCUGCAGUUCAAGUAGAGUGCACAAAGGUGUUGUUUAUUAAUAAUAAAGUUAUUGGUUAUACUAUCUUUAAGACUCAUGGAUACUGAAAAAUAUUAGAUAUUAGGCACACAAAUAAUCCAUCUACUCUUUCUUAACUUGGCUUUGGUUCUCCAACAUGGGAUUGUGUUGCUCUAUUUUUCCCUAUCCUUUCAUGUGUCUGUUUUGCCCUGUUGUGUUUCUGAUUCUGUUAUAAUACAGAUCGUCCUCUAGGGUUUGUGAUGAGAAAUCUAAUGAAAGCAUGAUUGUUCUUUCCUUCGUACGUGACUUUCUCCCUUUCCCUAGUAACCUGCAAUGUUUUUCCUUUGCUCCUGAUUUUGAACAGUUUUACAAUGAUGUUUUGGUGUAUGUCAUUUUGGAUUCAAGAAUUUAGGUGUGUAUGCACCAAGAAGGUUUUUGUGAAUUUUGAACAUUGCUCAGGAUUGACAUCUACUAUCCUUAUAACCUAUGGUCUGGUGUGUACUAAAUUUUGGAUCUUAUCUGUACUUGUCUUAGCCUGGCACGCCUAUGAUUGGAACACCUACCAAGAAGGUGGUAGGCGUUCAGCUUGGGUAAGAAACUGGACCCUAUGGAAGUAUUUCCAAAAGUACUUCCCUGUAAAGCUGGUGAAGACUCAUGACCUCUCUCCCAAACACAACUACCUCAUUGCCAACCACCCCCAUGGUAUUUUCUCUUUUGGUGCCUUCAUUAACUUUGCCACUGAGGCUACUGGCUUUGAUCGGAUUUUCCCAAACAUCACUCCUUAUCUAGGGACCAUAAGAUGGUUCUUCUGGUUCCCAAUUUUGCGAGAUUAUAUGAUGUCAGUGGGUGUGUGCCCAGUGAGUGAGACAACCUUGAAGUAUUUGCUGAGUCAGAAACACACAAGCAACGCUGUGGUUGUUGUGGUAGGUGGAGGUGCUGAAGCCCUCUUGUGCCAUCCAGGAGCCUCUACCGUUUUCCUUAAACAUCGUAAAGGUUUUGUGAAGUUAGCUCUGCAGACAGGAGCACAUCUUGUCCCUACAUAUUCCUUUGGUGAGAAUGAGACUUACAACCAAGAGACUUUCCCUGAGGGCACGUGGAAAAGGUUUUUCCAAAAGAAAUUCCAAGAAAUAUUUAAAAAACACCUGAGACUAUAUUUAUGUACCUUCCAUGGCCGUGGCCUCACUCGAGAAUCCUGGGGCUUCCUGCCUUUCAAUCAUCCCAUUACCACUGUUGUUGGAGAGCCCCUGCCAAUCCCCAUGAUCCAGAAUCCAGACAAGGAGACAGUGGAUAAGUACCAUACACUCUACAUCAAUGCCUUGUGCAAGCUGUUUGAUGAGUACAAAAUUCAGUAUGGCCUCCCUCAGACCCAGAAGCUGACAAUUAUAUAGCAGGAGCUGGAUUUCCACCAUUAGUAAACAACCAAAACCAUGAGCCACCAAGCUGCAGUUGCUACCAUGAUGCCAACCUGACUUCCCUGGGCAGACGACCUCACCAAAUGUGUCCUGCAACCCCACCUCUCCAAAGCCCUGCCUCACUAUGGGAAGAUAGAAACAGGCUGGGAGUAUGAAUUGACCUGCCAGUACCCAUGUCCAGUAGAGAAGCAAUUACAGAAGCCAAACCUUCAAUAUUCUGCACCCCAUAACAAUCCUGGUCCUCACUCCCAAAGGGAUAAAGAAUAGGAAAGCUUCCAAUGGAGGGAAUGGGAUGCAGAACUCUGGUGGUGGGAAUUGUGUACCCCUCUUAUCCAAUUAACUUGUCAUUCAUAAUUAAAUCAAUUAAAAACUUU